CUUCGUCGUCGGUUGGACCAGCGGUGCUGUAAUGAGCAGCAAGCGGCUUUGCUGUGUCAGUCAGCCGGGGAGAGAGAGGGGAGAACGCCGCGCUCGUCUCACAGGCUCUGAGGGAGAAUACAGCGAUUUGGAAACACUCAUCUUUAUGUCAGAUGAAAUAUCCUGUCUCACGGAGAGGGAAUUAUCGGCUAAGAGCCUCACUGCUGGCCUCAUUGCAUCAGCUCCCUUUUCAUCUGGUUUCAGGUUGUAGUGGUGGCCUCUCGGGGGAAUGAGAGAAGCCUUGUGAAUAUUUGGUGAAGCAGCAGUGGCGCCCAGUCUCCUGAGCCUUCCCCUCUGCUUUCAUCCUCUCCAGCGUGGCAGAACGAGAUGGGGAACGGAUUAUCGGAGCCCCACACCGUCUUCCCCUGUUUGCCAUCUUUCCAGGCCCUGCACAUUGUUAUUCUAGGGCUGGACUGCGCUGGCAAGACCACUGUAUUGUACAGGCUGCGCUUCAAUGAGUUUGUGAACACCGUCCCAACCAAGGGCUUCAACACGGAGAAGAUCAAAGUGGCGCUGGGCGGUAAAGGCCGGACUGCGGCCUUCCACUUUUGGGACGUUGGGGGUCAGGAGAAGCUGCGGCCGCUGUGGCGGUCCUACACGCGCUGCGCGGACGGCCUGGUGUUUGUGGUGGACUCUGUGGACACCGAGCGCAUGGAGGAGGCCAAAACGGAGCUGCAUAAGAUCACGCGGCUGCAGGAGAACCAGGGCGUGCCCGUGUUGGUGGUGGCCAACAAACAGGACCUCCGCAGCGCUCUUCCGCUUGGCGAGGUAGAGAGGUUGCUGGCACUAAAUGAGCUCAGUGCCCACACACCCUGGCAUCUCCAGCCCGCAUGUGCCAUCAUCGGAGAGGGCCUGCAGGAGGGCCUGGAGCGCCUCCAUGGCAUGAUCGCCAAGCGGCGGAAGAUGAUGAGGCAGCAGAAAAGGAAGAGAUAACUGUCGCAUGGGUGGUGUGCAUGUCUGAAUGAGAGAGAGAGAGGGAGAGGGGGUUAGCAGGGUCCUCUCACGCCUCUGGGCUGGGUCUGCUGAUGACACGGGCCGCUAGGCCUGCAUGACUGUGCACUGGUGGAUUGAUUUAUGCCGGCUGAGUUUUAUCAGUCUGACGGGGCUGGAUGAAUACAGUUCAAAGAUACUGGACAGUAUGUUCAUCAACAAGCGAACACUAUCGAUUUGUCACUCUGGUAAUGGAGGGUAAAAGUCCUGGGACUGUGCGGGUGACGUCAUUGGACAUACACGUAUAGAAAACAUCACGCUACUUCAGUGGACUUCAUUGAAUUCUUAUGAAGGUAAACACUGGACAGAAACCCAUCGAAGAGGGAUCACUGAAGGCUAAUUUGCUGUCUUUUGACCUCCAGGGUUAAACAUUUUCUAUUAUCCAUUCAAAAACAGUGUAAACUAAUGAAGUGAAAGGAUGGAUUACCAAAGCCCCCGUUCCGCUUCUGUAAGUGUUCUGAAAUAUCAGUUGUACACGUUCAGGUGAUCUGUCACUCUUGUUUCUGAGAUAAAAAUGGGCCUUUUCCCCAAGUCUUUAUAGUACCAUUGUUGCACAACAGAGGUGUGGUUAUAAGGAGAACCAGUAUAAGCUUUAUGAAUCACUAGUUUGGGAACACACAGAUGUUUUUAAUUUUCAGAGAACAAGGUGUUUCACCAGCCAAAACACCUACAGUCCUGCGCAUGGCAGCGAAAGUGCCAGUGAGGGCAGAUAAGCAAGCACAGGUUGGGGUGUCUAGGCUAAUGACUCAGCUCAGCAGGACUUCUCCCAGGAUCCUGAAGUUUCUCUGUCCUACAAACAAGUGGGUGUCAUUUGUAGUUCUAUACACAAUGUGUGCUUCCCUGUACAAUAUGCACUUUAGCAAUCCUUUUUUGUAGUCUAUAAACUUGUAACAUUCAGAUUUUUGUAUGGAACUUAUGAGUGGCAAGAAAAGAUGUGACAUAUUGCUUCAAAUGAAGCGUUUUAUAAGUCCUAUGUUGUUCCACAUUCAAGUGUGUGUUUUUGUCACUCGCUAUGUGUAUGAUGGAGGGGUGUUCAUAUUUAUGUGUCAAAAUUUAUACACCUUGAAUAAAACAACAGCUAUAUUCAACAAAA